AUGGCGCCUAUCGAGAACCCAGCGAUUCCCGAGGGUUCUAUUGUUGUGGUAACCGGCGCCAAUGGCUACAUCGCUUCCCAUAUCGCCGACCAGUUCAUCCAGGCGGGCUACAUCGUUCGUGGAACGGUCCGGAACCCGAAAAAGAGCGCCUGGCUUGUGCCCCAUUUUGAGAAGGCCUAUGGCAAGGGGAAGUUCGAACUGCACAUUGUGCCUGAUAUGCAAGCCGAUGGAGCUUACGAUGAAGCUGUCAAGGGUGCCGCGGCCUUCGUACACACUGCCACCGUAAUUGACUUCAACGGCGACCCGGCUGAAGUCAUCGGCGGCGCCGUCAAGUGCGGCAUGGUCGCCAUCGAGGCUGCUUACAACGAACCCAACAUGAAGCGCUUCAUCCUAACUUCAUCAGCCUCGACUCUCAUGCCCCUCAAGAAGGAGAACUUCUUCGCUCUCAAGGGCCAGACUGUUGACGAGACCACCUAUGGCCAUGAUGCCAAGGAGCUCGCGUGGGCCCCUCCUCCGUGGGGCAUCGAGCAUGGCGGCGCCAUCUACGGCGCGAGCAAGAUGGAGCAGGAGCAGAGCAUCUGGAAGUACUACAAAGACAACGCCUCGAGACGUCCUGAUAUUGUAGUGAACUCGAUUGUGCCCGACUUCAACUUUGGCAGGAGCAUCGACCCCGUCAACGCUGGAGGAACCUCAUCUUUUGGUUUGGUAACAGAUUUGUUCGAGGGCAAAAGCUUGGGUGAGCUCUGGCAUCUGCCGCAUUACUUCGUGGAUGUACAGGAUGAUGCCGCGCUUCACCUGGCCGCCGCGAUUCUGCCGGAUGUCAAGGCUGAGCGUAUCUUCGCUUUCGCCUUCCCGAUGCACUGGGACCAAAUCCUCGAGAUCAUGAGAAAGCAGAACCCUGACAGGAAGUUCGCGGACAACUUCUACGGAGAAGAGUACCCUGUCACAGUGAAGCCGAUCGCUCGCGCCGAGUCGUUGUUGCGAAGAAUCGGAAGGCCGGGGUGGAUCUCGUUGGAGGAUAGCAUUGCAUCAAACACUGAGCACCUCAGGGGUGCCAAUGGCCACUCAAAUGGGGUAGCUGUUUGA